UUUAUUACUAGAAUGCACCGUGAAUUGACAAGUAUGGGAAACUCUUUUAUCGUUCUUAUAAGUUAUAGUGUCAUAAGAAUGACCGCAGUAUAGUUGUCACAGACUGUGCACGUGCCGGUCAGUAUGUUUGGAUUCAGGCGCCUCUCCACCGAGUGGAAAGUAGGAAUCGCGUCGGGAGUCGUUUUUUUCUCUAUGCUUACAUCCAGAACAUUAAUCUCAGAGAAGGUUGACAAAAACACUCGCGCUUCGUUGUUUCGCGUUCAGUUUGUCCUCUUCAUCAACUCCCUGCUGCUCCUAGGCUCUCUCUACAUUUGGAAACGCGUGGCGCGGCGGCUGUGCGGAUCCAGAGGUGCACCUUCUGUCCCGCAGAGAUGUUGGCGUCUUCUCGUCCUGCUGUUUCUUACUCUGGUGCACGGGAGCUACCUUUGCAUGUUUUUCCUCGUGGACACUGAGCCACACUGGUUAUCAUUACUGAGUUUCUCCUGUUUGGGCAUUUAUGUCAUCUUAUUGUUCUUCCUGUUCGUUUUUGGCUGCCUUAAACGCCUCCGCGGGCUUCUCUCCCGAAGCCGAGGAGGAGGUGGAGAGGAUGCUGUCGCGAGCGGAUCAGUCAGUCAUAUAGUGCUGGCAAUGAUAGUAACGGCAGUACUGGCAGUGUAUGGCUUGGUAAAUGCAGCCCAGCCUCCACGAGUAGUCGAGGUGGAGAUCCCAGUAGAGAAGCUCCCUGAGUCUUUGAACGGGCUCAGGUUGGUGCUUCUGUCCGACAUACAUCUGGGACCUACAGUAGGCCGCUCCAAACUGCAGCGCAUUGUUAAUAUGGUGAAUGAGCUGAACCCAGAUGUGGUGGUGAUUGUCGGUGACCUGACUGACUCUCAGGUGAAUCGAUUGAGGACUGCUGCAGAACCACUGGGACAGAUGAAGGCUCGACUCGGCUCCUAUUUUGCUACAGGCAAUCAUGACUACUACACUAACGAUGUUGAAGGCUGGUUUGAGCUCUUGCGCUCGAUGGGGAUUCAGGCUCUUCACAACAGCCAUGCAAAAGUGUUUCGUCCUGAACAAACUCAAGACUGGAUAUGCCUUGCUGGCAUUGAUGACCUUGAGGCCCGCAUGCUACGAUACCCAGGCCAUGGCAUGGAUGUUGAGAAAGCUCUUAGUGGCUGCAGUGCAGAGAGCCCUAUUAUUCUUCUUGCACAUCAGCCUCAUGCUGCCAAACAGGCCCUCCAGCAACGACCAGACAUCAGUCUGGUACUCUCAGGUCACACACACGCUGGUCAGCUCUUUCCCCUCACCAUCCUGGCAUUCCUGAUGAAUCCGUUUUUCUGUGGACUCUACCGUGUCUCUGAACACACUAUGGUCUACGUGACCCCUGGAACCGGUUAUUAUGGCAUUCCAAUGAGAAUUGCAAGCCGUUCAGAAAUUACAAACAUUAUAUUGAAACGUAUUUGAGAGCCUCACAGAGUGCAGUGCAGGGAUUAAACACACAAUCUCAUUCAUACAUUACCCUGCAUGCUGUGAUAUAAACAGUUAACAUGUAUUACAUAGUAAUGUAUGCAUAAUUAUGCAAUAUAUCAGUUAAAAUAUAUUGUACAGUUUGCACUAUGAUUUACUUGAGCAAUCUUACAACAGGUCUGUUUUACUAGAGAAUGAGACACAUUUAGCCAUCUUUUUUUUAAUGUAAUUUUGUAAGUUGUUUGCCAAAACAUACUAAAAAUCCAAGCACUUUAAUAUUUGAAUAUUCAUUCAAGUGCCAGUUUUUAAAUUACUUUGUAUUUGUACUGUUUUACUCUGGCCCCUUUCAUCUGUUUUAUUACAUUCAUAACAUAAUCAAAAUUAUUCAGUGCACUGUUUUGACUGUCACAUUUAUGAGUCAAUCAGGGAUUUCAUAAACCAUCUUGUUGUGGCAAAUCUUUUGAUUAAAGGUUACUACUACACCAAA